AUGGAUCCGAGAGCGGCGGCGGCGUCGUCGGGCUCCGGCCGGCCGGCCAAGGGGAUCCUCAAGAACCGCUCCGGCGGAGGGAUCUCUCUGGAGGGCGCCGAGAGCGGAGGGAGCCUCUAUGCCGCGGCGCCGCCGACGCCGCCCACCCGCCUCAGCCCGGGGGUCCGGCGGGGCCCCCCACAGCAGCCGCCCCCCGAGGCGCCCGACGGGAAGAAGAGCCAGAAAUGGGACGAAAUGAACAUCCUGGCCACCUACCACCCAGUUGGCAAGGACUACGGCCUGAUGAAGAUCGACGAGCCCAGCACGCCCUACCACAGCAUGGUGGGAGACGACGAGGAUGCCCUCAGCGACAGUGAAGGCGGCGAGGCCCUGACAGCAGAAGUGCUGGCAAAAAAGUAAGCGCUCGGCAGCGGGGCGGAAGGGAAGGGCCCAAAGGUCCUCGCUCGGCAUCAGAGCAGUUCCGAAGAGGAGGAUGAUGAGGAAGAGCUAACCCCGGAAGAGCUCGAGAAAAAGAGGCAAUUCGAAAUGAAGCGGAAGCGGCACUACAACGAAGCGCAGAACAUCAAGCUGGCGCGGCAGCUGAUCGAGAAGGAACUGCGGGGGGACGCAGCCGAGGAGGACGAGGAGGAUGAGGAGGAUGAAGAGAUGGUGGAUGCGCCAAACUCAGGACAAAGGAGCCCACAGAUUGUGUCUGCGCCUACCGAUCCGCUCGAGAACGCUCCACGCAGCUGA